CACUAUCAAAAAGAAUUCGACGAGAGCUGUCUAUAAGUGACAAAGAUGAGUUAAUUUAAGACUGUUUUUGUAAAUAAACAGGUUUCUUGUGUAAAAGUCAAAUUGCAUGUUAUCUUAAACAUAUUCAUUUUAAACUGUGUUUGUUAAAUCAUUAUCCGGUACCCAAAUGUAAACAUAUGCGGAUAUAAACAGACUUUAUCGUUAUGAGGUUUCUUUUAUUAAUCUAUAUGCAAUAAUGUGAAAAAAAUGUUAUUUUGUAUUUCAUCAUUUCUUUAUUUAGCAAUAUAUGUACAUAUGAUAAUGACAAUGCAAAUAUACAGGCAUCCUAGGAUGAACAGCCAAGUCCAAUAAAAAUGACCCCCAUUGAUUUAAGGGUCAUAAGAUCAAAAGCCAUGGUCACAAUGACCUUAACACUGAAAAUUGUGGUUUCUGGAGCAUAACACAAGUUCCAUUUGGCUUACAGUGUUCAAACUUCAUAGGAUGAUUGCCUGUAUUGAAUCAAAGAUUCAUAUCUAUAUUGGGGUCACAAGGUCAAAGGUCAAUAUCAAAUGACCUUAAUAUUGUUAACAGUUUAACUGUCAAACUUCAUAGGAUGAUCACUUAUAUUGAAUACAUUAAUUAUAUGCCCUAAAAAAUUUGCUUAUAUUAUGUUAUACCCCUGGCGUCUUUCCGUCCAUCCGUCAUAGCAUUUUCACUUACAAGAUAACAACUUGAUGGUGGUGCUUUGGAAAUAUAUGAAGGUUCUUCAGCUAUAAAGGAGGAGUGCUAUUUUAAGGAGGUAAUACUUUAUUUCAUUCCCAUGUCUUAAAUGCUUCAUCCUUACUAACAAAAAACACUUUCAGGCAUAUAAUUCUCUGCCUAGCGGUGCUCCUGUUCAAUAUCUUACAUGUAAAGCUGAAAAUUGAUUUAAAAUUAGCACAGUAUUUUAUCUUGCUGUUACUUUAUGUAAUAAGGAGAAGUAAGACUUUGUAAUUGUGUCGGUGUCCGCGUCCAGAUUUUAGAUGAAAGUUUUGGUGCAGUAAAAUAUUUUUUACUAUAAUUUUUUUAUUUCAUAAGGAAUCAACUUCAAAUAUAUGUUCCUUAUCAUCAAUCACAUCUUAUAUUAUAAGGUUCAUAAUUCUAGAGAUUUUGACCUAGUGACCUAUUUUUCUUUUUUUACAUACAGCCAUGACAUGUUGAUCAGAUGAAAAAUUGAAAUCUGAUAUCUGAAGACCUACAUAUUGACCUAGUGACCUACAUUCUUGUUUUUUGAUUUUCAGCUUUGAAAUUUAGGACCAUGUAUAAAUCAGAAAUUAAAAAAUAUAUUUUGCAUGAAGUAUGGUCUAGUGACCAACAUCGUUCAUAUUCUUGUAAUAAACACUAGCUUUCACUACUUUUAAACAAAUAACAGUCUGUCAUCAGGUGAGCGCUUAGGAGCCAAUGGUCCCCUUGUUCUACUAGUACAUAAAAAGAUCAUUCUUAAUAUCUUCAAAUACCACACUAAAAUUGAUAGGUUUGUUACAUUUAAAUGUUCAUGAAUACAUUUGAAUAAGAAAAUACAUUUCUAAAAUAUCUGACUUAAAAUUCUAACCUUGUUUAAUAUUGUAGUACAUGAAAGUGGUACAUAAUUUGAAACUGGAAUGUGAUAUCAGUGCAUAGUCAAUUGUGAAUUCAUUUGAAAGUUAUUUAUAGAUUGUUUGGGUUAGAAAUCAUUAGACUGACUUGAUUAACUCUGAAUAAUUAAUGGGUGACUAGUGAUAAGGAUGGUUUGAAUUACCGUACUUAUCAUAAAUGUAGUGAUGUAAAUAAUUUGACCAUUACUUCCAAGGUAAGACUGAUAGGGUUGUUGCAGCUCCACUGAAGCCCAAAAGUCUAAAGCCAUGAAGCUUUUAAAGUACUUUUUUACAUAAAUAAACUGGGGUACUUAAAAUGGUAAAUACGCAAAGUAUGAAUAAAUUGUUUUUGUGUUUUUUUUUUCAAAAUCUAAUUAUGUAAAGAAUGAAAUACAUUAAUUAUGCUUAUUUCUUAUUAAGGUCUAGGAAAAAUGGUGCAUUUGAAAGAAUUAAUAUGGAAGUUUGUAUAUAUAUAUGGUAAUAUGAUUGUAUGGUGACAUGAGAGAAUUUAAGAUCAUGUAAUUACACAUUGUGAACAUUGUACUAUUGUUAGAUUUUUACUUAUUUAUAUUGCAGGUAAAAAAUUAAUCAUAACAAUAGAAAAAAAAAUGAGGUGAAGGUUUAUUUUUUAAAGGUAAAUAAAUAAUUACAUGUAAUUUCCUGUCACUUAAGUUAAUUAUCAUGCUUAAAGUAGUGUUAUUCUAUUUUUAGAACUGAAGAAAAUUACAGGAUGGAAUGAAUUGUGAAAACAUGGCUUAAGGACUGUUUUGGAUUUUAAAGAAAUGACUAAAGUUUAAACUAUGACGGAAUUUCGAGGUGGCACAUUACAACAAGAUUUUAGAGGAGACACUAUAGAGAGGAUGCAGCACUGUGGAACGUUACGAGAUCAUGAGAACAACACAGCAUUGCUACUACGUGAGAUUGAUCAAGAUCGGAGAAGUACGUUAAAAGAUGCUCGAUAUGGUACAACAUCAACAUAUAUGUCCGAACAUCAGACAGGAACUGUUUUUAUCCGUGUCUCCGUCCCCGAAUUAAAAGUCCAGGUAAAAUGUUUGCAGUUUGAACUAGAUGAGUCUGUAUGGGAGGCCAAACAACGAAUUCUUACUAUAUUUUCAAAGGACUUGAAGGACCCACUGAAUUAUGGGAUAUACAUGCCUCCAAUGAAUGGAAGAGCUGGAAAGUUCCUUGAGGAGGAAAGGUUACUUAGAGAAUACCCACUUCAUGGUCCUAUAGGAUUUAUAGAGUUCAAGUACAAGAGAAGAGUGUAUAAAGUGAUACAUUUGAACCCCAGAAAACUUAAACAACUUCAUAACAAGGCCAAUUUUCGCCAAUUCAUAGAACAUGUGAAGAAUGGAAAUCUGUCAAAGAUAAACAAACUUACAAAUAAAGGAUUGGAUCCUAACUUUCAUGAUAGUUCAGGAGAAACACCUCUUACAUAUGCUGUAUGCUUGCCAAAAGAUAAAUGUCGAGAAGUGAUUAUAACAUUGGUCAGUGGUGGUGGCCAUCUUGAUUUUCGGACACGACAUGGUCAGACACCCAUGCAUAAAGCUAUACUACAAGGGAACCAGGUAGCAGUACAGUCACUGUUAGACCUAGGUGCUUCAACAAAUUAUAAAGACAGUCGAGGGUUAACUCCCCUGUAUUACAGUGUUUUGUAUGGUAAAAAUGCUGCAUGUGCGGAACUUCUUCUCCAUGAACGAGCAGUUAUUGGGACACAAGACGAGCAAGGGUGGUUUGAAAUUCAUCAGGCAUGUAAAUUGGGGUUAGUGCAACAUUUGGAACACCUUAUGUUUUAUGGUGCGGAUUUAAAUGUAGCAAAUGCAAGUGGAAAUACAGCAUUACAUGUUUGUGCUGUGAACAAUAAUGAACAGUGUACCCGUGUUUUAUUGUUCCGUGGUGCCAACAAACAUAUCCUCAACUUUAACAAUCAGACUGCCCAGCAGGUUGCCAUUAUAGCUGGCAAUGUUGCUCUUGCGGAACUUAUUAAAAAUUUUGAUGACAGUCAAGUUGUACCAUUCCGAGAGAUGCCAUCAUUUAGUAGCCGUAGACCUCGACUCUCCAUGUACUCAAGUACAAUGUCACUGAUGUCACGAAGUCGUAGCGACCCUAAAUUAAACAUAACAAAUACAAUAGAUGACAGUAAUAUAACAUCACCACCGUCAUCUAUGAGAAGCUUGCCUCAACAUUAUCAGAUGUACUCCGACUCAGGAUCAUAUUCUGCAUCUCGGGGAUCAGACUCGCCACGUUCAAUGAGUAUAUCCAGUAAUAGUUCAGGCCCUGGUCUAGCAAGAAUGGCUAUAACACCAACAUAUUCUAUGCAAAGUCCACAGCAUGAAAUGCAUAUGAGGCGAGAUUUUUCUACGAGGCAACGGCGAUAUACAUAUGCUGGUAAUUUACUCGGAAGAACUAUAGAUGAAAACUUUGAUGACCAGUUACAACAGGAAGAACAAUUACAGUUUGACAGUAGAGAAAAUUCUGUGAGUGAUUUACAACAACGAAAACUGAGUGUUGGAAAUAUAAGUCAAGAGGAUACAGAAGUGAAAUUCAUCCUUGGUUCAGCAGUACAAACUGAUGAAAGAAUGAUUAGAACUAGUCCAGAGAUAUUUAUAUUCCCUGAUUCAAAAGAAUUAAGUAAAUGGAAACAAAAUCCAGUUUUGCAAGCUUCUGGUGGAUCAGUGUUACUCCAAGCAUCUGAAAUACUGGGAAAAGUGAAUUUAGAGCCAAGUCUUUUAGAUAAGACAUUUAUUUGUAUAGAGCCAUUUAGACCAAGUCGUCCUGGAGGUUUGCAGUUAAACUUGGGAGAUUACGUACAAGUGAUGAGUGUAUCGGACACAGGAUUCUGGGAAGGUAUGGUGAAUGAUAAAGAUGGAUGGUUCCCUGCCCAUCAUGUACAGGAAGUCAAACUCAGACAGAAAGCUGGAUCUUUUGGAGAUUUAUUAGCGGAGGAAUCAAGAGAGAACACACUAUUAUAUCGGAACACCCUGGCCACUCUAGUUAGAGGAGAUAAUAGUGACUAUGGUCCAAGAACAGUUGUGUUACAGAGGGCAAGUGAGGGAUAUGGAUUUGUGCUACGUGGUGCUAAAUCUCAACUCAAGCCAAGUGGAGAAUUGGACUUCAGACCUACAGCAGAAUUUCCUGCCUUACAGUACCUGGAUAGCGUGGAUCCAGGAAGUGUAUCCGACAGAGCUGGACUCAAAGGAGGUGACUUUAUAUUAGAGAUCAAUGGAGAGAAUGUUGUGCGAGCAUCACAUGAUCGUGUUGUUCACUUGAUUCGCAGCACUGGUGACACACUAGCCAUGAAAGUUGUUACUGUGAAACCAGCCAGUAGGUCACAGGACUGGUUUGUUCAUCAAGACAAAUCAUUGACAAUGCCGAAUAGGAAAAAGAAAGCUCCUGCCCCUCCACAAAGAGACCCAAGGACUUCCUUGUCAAUGUCAAGGUCAGAAGGUCAAGCAAUCAGUGAUGAAAUGGCUGCUAUGGACAAACUUGAUGAGGCUAUUCAGAGUCAGAAAGAGGCUGAAGAAAAAAAGACAGCUUCAAUACGAAGUAGAACUGCAGCUAAGCGUGUGUCAUGUGUUGAUAUGGAUAACAUAGGAAUUGAUGGUAAACUUGAGAAAUCAAAAUCAAGAAGCACACCAGAUUUAUUAGAAAAUGAAUCUAAACUGCGGAAAAACAUAAUCUAUGCAACCCCAACAGUUCCUGAUAAGAAAUCCAGUGAACAGAAAAAUGUGUAUACUGUUCAAGUAGGAAAUGUGCCAUCUUCUCCAACUGGGGUCCAGAUGAGACCUAAAGGUCCUCCACCCCCUCCCCCUGAGGAGACAAACUCUCCAAAGAAGAAGGCACCAAAACCACCAAAAAGUGAGUCAGGAGAUUCGUCCUCAAGUGAGGUGGUAACUAUAAACACAAGUAAACAGUCACCUUAUGCAAGUGUUAAAGUUCUUACAAAUAAGGUUGAUAGUCCUGAUUCACCGUAUGAGUCAAGCUUUAGACCAGGUGCUUCAGCCAAAUUGAGUGAAGAGCCAUCUGCAGGGUCAGGACACAAAUCAGGUCACCAGCGCACACCAAGUGCAGGUGCUGUCUUGGUCAAAGAAUCUGAUAAACAAAAUGUAUCAUUUGCAGAGGAUAAAGUUCUGGACCAUGCUGCAGGAUUUUUAAAGAAACAUCCUAAUGCAAAACUUCUGAUAACAGCAGAAGGGAAAGAAAAACUAAAAAAGAGAAACUCUAGUUUAUAUGAACCAGAACCUGAUUAUGAUAGUGACAGUGGUGAGGAGAAACCAAAUUCUCCGGUUAGAAUCCGUGAUCCAAAGAAACAGUCUGUUACAGUGAUUUCUGUUGGUGAAAAAAGCACUGUUGCACCGCCUCAGACUAAAAGGUACACAAUUCACACAUCUAUUCCUUCAGAAGAGAAAUUCAGUGCACAACCACAAGGUUUUGUAAUUCCACCUCGACCAGAUGGCCCUGCACCAGUUCCACCAGCACCAGGAUCACAAUCUCCAAAACAGAGAAAGUCAGCUGCUCCUGCUCCUCCUACUCAGUCAUCACAGGUAAUGACAGUAAAAGCAGAGGUGAAUGUGCAACUUCUGCAAAGGCAACAAGAUAUUGAAGAAUCUGAGGCUCCACCCCUUCCAGAAACGCCACCUCCAGAUUUUGAAACCACACCUUCACCAAGACAAAUACCAUCUCAAGAAGCAGCAGCGGCUCCACCUCCUCCUCCACCACCACCUCCUCCCCCAGCACCAAGUUAUGACCAGAUCAUUAAGAGUAAAUCUGUUGUGAAAGCAGACUACAUUGCUCCAGUUACAGUUCCAACAGAUGCUAUUGCAGCUGCAGUUGCAAAGAGGCAAGAGCGUAUGCAGAAUGAGGGUAUCAAAAUGACAGAACAGAAACCUAAAUCUUCUUCACCUGCAAACAUUAAAGACUCAAAUCAAGCUGCCAUCUUGGCGGCAGUGGCUAAAAGACGGGAAAAGCUUGAACAGCAGUCAGAAUCGUCUGUGAUUGAUGAUAUUGAAAGUAGAUUGCAAAAAACAAAGAAACUUCAAGCAGCAAGAUUCCAGUUGGCUGGGGCAAAAAGUACCAAGAAAGAGACAGAUACAAAAACAAAUAACAAUGCUAAUGGUAUUUCUCAAAAUAAACUCAAUUUUAAAGUUCAGUCAAUUGUAAACAAAACAGGACCAGCUACAAAGGAAGCUGCAACAAAAGAAGAAUUCAGUUUUAAAGUGAAGCCAGUAAAUGUUACUGGGCUUAGUGAAAUCAAACCAAAAUUCACUCCAAAACCUCUUUCAAAACAAACAAGUGUUACAAACAGUGCCAAAGUUAAUACGCAGGAAAGUUUGAAAAUUAAACCAACACCUCUUGAGAAAGCAACUCCAUUAGGAGUUGUUAAAUCUGAUAGUAAGAUCAAUGCAGAAAAUAGAACAUUAGAAAACUCAGAAAAAGUGAACAAUGAGAAAAAUGUUAAUGGACAAUCGGAUUACAUUGCAUUAGCAGAGAAAAGAAGACAAGAGUGGUUGCAACGAAAACAGAAAUCUUCAGAAUCAAAAUCAUCAUCACCAGAAAAAGAGAAAUUACAAACAAAAACAAUAGAAAUAAAGCCUGUGAAUAAUAAAGAUAAAUCACCUCCUGUUUCAGCAAAACCUAAAUUAACAAAAAGUGGUGAUCAGGCAUACACAGAAUUUCAGUCACCACAAGGUUUAGUUAAAGUGAAGGCUGUUACUAAUAUGAAUGGUGAUAUAGAUAAAAAUGGUACUACAGCAGAUUUAAACAAUAUUCCUCCACCUCCACCAGGAUUUAGAGAUGGGGGAAAUAUAGAAAAUACAGUUGUGCAAUUAGAGAUUAUUCCCCCACCAGCAAAUUUUUCUUCUGACAGUGGGACUGACAUGAGUCAACAACAUAGUCCAGCAUUUUCUCCAGACACAGCAAGUCUUGUUUCUUCUCUGUCAACACUGUCAUCAUUGUCAGGUGAUGGGCGGGGCAAUGGAUAUGAUGAUGUUAUAGCUCCGCCUCCACCAGGUUUUGAUGACGGAGAUUCUUCUGUGAUACCUCCGCCUCCAGAAUUUGGAAAUGAUAAUGGAAAAUUUAAGAAAACUGGUAAAACUUAUAAUGACAAACCAGUUGAUGAGUGGUUAUGUAAUGAUGUUCUUGAUUGGUUGGAUAGUUUGAGUAUGAGCCAAUACAAACCAAGCUUUCAGCGUAAUUGUAUUGAUGGAAAAAAAUUGGUAGCAUUAUCGAGAAAUAAUUAUAUAGAUCUUGGCGUGACACAGGUUGGACACAGAAUGAACCUGGAAAGGUCUAUUAAAAAAGCUGCUAUUAGGCAAAACAAUGUGUCUGAUAAUAUUGUAGCUUCAGAGCGAUUAUGAAAGUUAUGUGAAAAUACAAAUUUAAAUGGAAUUUAAAUAAAACAAAAUGUGUACAUAAGACAUAGUUUGUUUAAAAUAUUAUGUAAGCACAGCAGAUUGAAGCAACAGAGAUUCAAAGUAUAUUUUGUUGGUUCUAAAGAUGGUUACGAAUGAGUGAAAUAAAUACAGAAACUGUUACAUAGAUAUUUUUUCUUCUGAGAAAAAAUACCAAACUGUGAUUGGAAUUUAUCUGAGAUUUCAUCAGAAUAACUUGUAUAUCAAAGUGUGUAUAUUAUAUAUACAUAACACUUACUACAUGUGUCUUGUGAUUAAGUGUAAUUUGUUUGAUUUAACCAUUUUCUUUUAUCAGUCCAGUGUGAUGGUUGUUUAAUUGAGAUUCCAGUUGUCUUUUAUUUCAAAAUAAAGACAUAGUGAACAAGAAUAUAGAAUUUAAAGUAAAUUAGAUGCUGGAACAUUAUUUACUCUGAUAACUAAUAAUACAGUCAAACAUAUAUUUAUAUAUAUACAUGCAUAUAUGGUAGAUACAUUUUUAAGUUGUAAUAUGUAAUCAAUAUUGUGUGCAAAAUAUUAUAAUAUAUAAAUAUUUAACAUUUUAUAGUGUGUAUGCUGAAAUAAGCCAUUUCUUUAAUGAUGACUAAGAGCAUUCCAGAAAAUGUUUAUGGUUGUGAUUUUAUGAUGGACUUGUCAGAAGUUGUUAGUCCAUGUUUACUUUGGAAUUUUAUUCACUUCAUGCAUUUAUUAUAAUAGUGAUUUUAUCAUUGAAAAUUUCUUGUAGAAUGUGAUUUUAUACACCUUGAAAUAAAACAAAGUAUGUGAGGAAGAAAUUAGUGUUUCAAGAAUAAAUUUUUGAAACAAACUUACUUAGUAAUGAAGUAACUGAAUAACGUAAGUGCAAAAAAAGGAGAAUUUUAAGGAUCUAACAAAAUUCUACAUAAUUUGUGAGGCAAAAGAUUGUAUAUUUUACAAUAAUUUUUCAUUUAUAAUUUUAAUGUAUAUGGAGACUACUGAAUACAGUGUUUUUUGGGGGAAGGGAGAACACUCCAGUUUGAACUGUUACUUCUCACUUUCCAGUGCAUUUUAAUAAUUUUUGACAAAAGUGUAAAAUUGAAGCUUUGUUCAUAUAUAUUAUAAGUUUAGUCAUUAACUUGUUCAACCAUAGAUUUUGUGAUGUAAUAGAUUUGAUUAGACAAAAAUAGGAUAACAGAAUAAAGUGAAAUAAACAUAAAACAUUUCCACAUUUUCCUUGACAAAUAGACUUAUACAUUAACAAUCUGAGUUCCUGUAAAAAAUAAGACAGUUAUAAACUGAUAGAAAUUAUGCACAAAAACUUCCCUUCAAGGAAAUGUCAUUUGAGUGUUUUGACAGUUAAUUGACAAAAAUUACACAUGUUUUUGUUUUGGCUGAAUUGUUCUUUGUUAGAAUGAAUAAGAUAAUAAUGAGUCAUAUAUAUUGUUUUAUAAAACAUUGUGUUUCACUUGUAAUUGUUUUUUGCCUUGAUUAAAACUGUACAGGGCCAAUUUAUAAUUAUUUGUCUACUAAAGCAAUUAUUUGAAGUAUAAAUUCAUUUAAGUAACCACUUUAUUUCUGUUUUUAUUAUCAUAGAUAAAGUCAUCUAGAAUUUUUAAAAAGAAAUUCUUAUUAUUUAAAAAAUCAGUUUUGACUUUUAAUAGAUUCUAUUUGAUUUGCUGAAUAUUUGUUUCUGAAUCAUUAUCUGUAUCCUGUUUUUAUUUUACUAUUUGUAAUCAGGAAAGUAUGUUAUCCUUUACAGAUCUGUUUGUUAAUUUUAAAUAACAUAUUUAAAGGGUAUAAAUCUAUAUGCAUGAAAUAUUUUUAUAAAAUUUAUAAACAGUAAAAUUAUGUUGGUUCCAUUAUUAAAUGGUUGAUUCCCGAAAAAGUUGUAACAUAGAAUGUCUCUGAUAUUUAAUACACAUGGAUAAUGUACAUAAACAGAAUAAAAUGUUCCGGAACAAAAUAUUAUUUUGCUAAUUUUAGUGGGGUUUUAUCCGUUUAGCAAUGGUUUGUGCAAGUGCAAUUCGUUUUUAUUUCGUACAAGUAUUUUGGAAGUAUUUUUUUUUCAAAAUUCAAACAUAGAUUUUUGCAGCAGAUUUAUAGCUUUAUACACUUUAAAUAAAUUCACAGUUAUACAAAUUAUAUCUUGUAAUGCUCACCUGAAGCAUGUAAUCUUCAGACAGUUGAAUCAACAUGGUGAUAUUGAAAUGGUGUAACAUCUUUGUCAAUCUAUCUCCAUAAUUUAGGACUGAGUGUAUGAAAAUGACAAGUAUGUCAAUAGGAAAAUGACGCUCACCAAUUGCCAUCAUUAUCCAUCCAUAUAUUUUUGCCAUUUCUUAAUCUUAGAAGAUUGGUAUCAUAUUACAAUGGGAUAUCAGUUAAACAAUUUGACUGGUUGUUUUGUUUUCAUUUCAAACCAAAUGUGCAGGCACAUUAUUAUAGACAGGACAUGUCAGUAUAACACCAUGAUACAUGUAAAUAUGAUUAGAUUAUAAUGCACUUUAAACUGGCCAGUAUAGUUAGACAUUUGAUAAAAACAUAUAUUUUUCUUUUCCUUGUUCAGUCACUCAAAACUUUACUGAAUGGUAUAAUAACAUAAUUUUAGAAACAUGUAAGAUUAAAUUGUGUUAGUUUUUGCAUGGUGAUUAAGUACAACUAAUAGUUAAAAUAUAAUUAUUGUCAAUGUUAAAAAGAGGAAGAAAUUAAUAUUUCUGUUGGUUUUUAUAUGAUCUAUGAUAAAUGUCGUUAUGUUAAAUGAAAAAUGUUUUUAAGUUCAUAUUUUUAGCGAAGGAAUUAAAUUUUUUACUUUCUCUCCCUUUAAACUUUUAAUUUGUAUUUUGUCUUUAUUUUAUUCACCUUUAAGAGACAUUUUUACAUGCUCUUUUCCAGUUGUAAAAACAUGUUGCAAAGAAAAAUCUUUGCACAAAGUGCCAGAAACGCUUUGAAAACAAAAUGGAUUGCUAAAUGAAAAUAUUUAUCCACUUACAAACAUAAUUUGUGAAUACUGUAUAAAUAUAAACCCACAUACAUUUUAAAAAAGAAUACAUUAUUUUUAACUAAUGACUAUUUAGAUAUUUUCUUGACGUUUGUUACUCUAGAUACAUUCCAGUAAUGUUUGUGUAUUAAAUUUGUUAUUCAGUUAUUUAGACUGGUUCCCAAAAAAAUUGUAUUGUACAAAAUGAUGAUUGUUAUAAAGUAUUAUAUAUAAUAUAUUUUUUUCUGGCGCAUUUAUGCAUAAUUAUUUAGUAGAUGAAUUAUUGAAGAGAUGGCAGGUAAAACUGCAUUAUUCCAGUUGUUUUGUGUUUAAAAGUAAGAAUGAAAUUACUUGCCAAGAAAGAGAAUAAUAAACUUACCUUAACAAUA